AAAGCAAGACAUGAAUAAUAAUCAAAGGUGCAAGGGUGGACUCAUUACCAUGCCUUUCAUUAUAGGAAAUGAAGCACUGGCAAAGAUGGCAAGUGUGGGGCUAACCCCAAACAUGAUAUUGUAUUUGAUUGGAGACUACAGACUCAGAGUGGUUAAAGCAACAAAGAUUAUGUUUUUUUGGUUUGCUGCUACCAAUUUUGCUCCUCUCUUUGGUGCUUUCCUUGCUGAUUCUUAUUUGGGUCGCUUUCUUGCCAUUGCUUUUGGUUCAAUUAUCACUUUUCUGGGGAUGGCACUAUUAUGGUUAACAGCCAUGAUAGCAGAGGCAAGACCCUCACCUUUGAGCCAUGAAUCAGCAACAGCACCCCAAAUUGCACUCCUAAUCACUUGCUUUGCACUCAUAUCCAUUGGAGGAGGUGGAAUCUUCUGCUCCUUAGCAUUUGGUGCAGACCAACUCAACAACAACAACAACAACAAAAAGGAGGAGAGGGUGUUGGAGAGUUUCAUAAGUUGGUACAUUGCUUCACAAGCAGUUUCUGUUGUUUUCUCCUUAACUGCAAUUGUUUACAUUCAAGACCGGUUUGGAUGGAAACUGGGUUUUGGUGUUCCUGCGGCACUUAUGUUGUUGUCAACCGUCUUCUUCUUCCUUCUUUCUCACCGUUAUGUGAAGCAUAAACCUCACAAAAGCUUGCUCACUAGCUUUGCUCAGGUCAUUGUUGUUGCAUUCAAGAAUAGAAAGCUUCAACUUCCACCUACUACUCACCAUCCAAUGCUCUAUCACCAUAACAAGGACUCAACCCUUGUUGCUCCAUCUCACAAACUAAGGUUUCUGAAUAAAGCUUGCAUCAUCACUAAUAACAAUAAUAAUAGUUCAUGGAGUGUUUGCACAAUAGAGCAAGUGGAAGAAUUGAAGGCCAUAAUAAAGGUAAUUCCCCUAUGGAGUAGCGGUUUCAUGUUAUCAAUAAGCAGUAGCCAAAGCUCAUUCUUUUUGCUACAAGCUAAAACCAUGAACAGACACAUAACUUCAAGCUUCCAAAUCCCAGCAGGUUCUUUUUCUGUCUUCAUUAUGAUCUCAGUUUUCAUAACUGCUGCUGUUUAUGACCGUCUCAUCAUUCCCUUGGCAUCAAAACUUAGAGGAAAACCAGUUAGGAUAAGUGCCAAGAACAGAAUGGGAAUUGGCUUGUUCUUCUGCUUCUUGGACUUGGUAGUUUCAGCAGUUGUUGAGAACAUUAGAAGGAGGAAAGCAAUUAGAGAAGGUUACAUUGAUAAUCCUGAAGCAGUUUUGGACAUGUCUGCAAUGUGGCUUAUCCCACACAAUGUCUUGAAUGGAAUUGCAGAAGCAUUCAAUGCAAUAGGCCAAUCUGAAUUCUAUUACACUGAGUUUCCAAGAAGCAUGUCAAGCAUUGCUGCAGCCUUGUUCAGCUUUGGAAGUGCCAUAGGAAACUUGUUAGCUUCUCUAAUAUUCAGCAUUGUGGAUGACAUCACUUCCAGAAAGGGAAAACAGAGUUGGGUUUCUGAUAAUAUUAAUAAGGGUCAUUAUGACAAGUAUUAUUGGGUUCUUGCCAUUAUGGGUGCUGUUAAUAUGGUUUACUAUUUGGUUUGUAAUUGGGCUUAUGGACCUACCAUUGAAGAUGUUGCUGGAAACAGGGUUCAUCAAGAGGAGGAAAAAUGA